GGCCCCCAUAUAUAUCUUUUGGAGGUUCAUCACCCAAACACCUGCAUGUUCUCUUAAACAACUUCCUUCACCUCCUUCAUAGCCCUGCAUUUAAUGCACCCUUUUCCCUUUGCAUUACAAAUACUUGGGAUGGAACCCUAGCACUUCAAACUUCACACUGAAACCCUAGAUCAUCAUCACUACUCUCAUUAUGUCUUCUCUUGUGGUCCUUCUAUGCCUUACCUCUUUGCAUGCUUGCAGUGCCAUUAAGGGUUCGGUUCAUCAGGAAGUGGAGAAAGAAAAGUUUCAAAAGACUUGGAUUCCACCAAGUGCCAGCAGCCCUUGUUUAUUAGAGAAAAUGCAGAAACAGGAAAAACUAAAUGGAAAAGAAAUCCACAAGAGCUGGGAUGAUGCAAAGUACAGAAAGCAUAUAGAAACAAAGGCUCCCCAGAAAGCACAGCAAGACGAGAAAGGGAAUGAGAUGAUACCAUCAUCUUCUCGGGAGUCUCUGCGAAUGGCACCAAAAACGGAGGAAUGGAAGAGGCAAUCACGACGGAUGCUGCGACCUACGACGUCACAUAGGGAUGAUUUCAAGGAAACAAUGGAUUCCAAGGAAGACGCUGCUCUGGAAGAAGAUAUAGUUGUCAUGGACUAUGCCCAACCCCAUAAAAAACCUCCUAUUCAUAAUUAACAAACAACCCUAUAUGUUAUGCAUGCCUCAAUCCCCCUUCACAUCCACUCUUCUUUCUCGUUUUUACUUUCUUUGUUUCUCUUUUGUGGGUCUAAGUAAAAACAUCCUCGUCACAGGCAUGAAGUCAUGGAGUAGAAAGAACUCGUGUCCCUUGAUAUAAAUACUUCUUAUGUAUCCAAAAAAAAAGUUGUAUACCAUAAGCUUUGAUAAAUAUAAAGGCGAUAUAUAUAUAUAUAUAUGACAUAUAAAAAAUCUUUGCAUUAUUUAUAUAACGUUUGUUACCAUAAAUAGCAAAAGGAUGG